AUGAUUUCUGAAAAUGGAGUUGUUGCCAAUGGCACUGAGAAUGCACCGACAUUCGAAGAGGAGGUCAACGAAUCGAUUCGUGCCAUGUCCGAGCAGUUUGCGCAUAGAGACACCAAGGGCACCAUCAGAGAGCGUUACUCAAAGAAAUACAAUGCCGACCUACCAAAGGCAAGCGAUGUCUUUGAUCUCGACUCGGCACUGCAACUACAGAGCUAUUCAGAUCAUCAGGUGAUCACCCACGCCUAUUCGAAUCUCGACGAUGAAGAUAUCGAAGAGGAACUCGAUAUGGAGCUUGGCAACAACGACGACGACGACUACGACUAUUACGAGGAGGACUACUACGAGGAUGAGAUGAUCGACGAUGAUAUCGACGAUGACGACGAUCUUCAAGAUCAUUAUGAAUACAAUAAAUAUAGCAAUAGUCAUGGUAAACUACCUAUUCCUACUACUGUAAAUGGUGGUAGUGGUAGUGGUAAUAACAACAAUAGUAGUAGUAGUAAUAAUAGUGGUAAUAAUAGUAAUAAUAGAAAUAGAAAUAAGGUUAAUAUAAAUAAUAAAAAUAACAUCAACAACUACUACUACAACAACUACAACUACAAAUACAAACAAGUUACUAAAUGUCAAUAG